AUGCGAUUUUUGACGUUCCUCGCUAUCUUUACCGCAGUUCCCUCUACCCUAGGGGCCAGCAAGCCACAAAUGGGUUGGAACUCGUGGAACACGUUCAAGCAGAAUAUCAACCAAACCCUGAUUGAAGACACAGCAACAGCAAUGGUAGAAAAGGGCCUAGCAAAGGCGGGAUACAGCUACGUCGUCAUGGAUGAGGGCUGGCAGGCUCUCGAACGAGACGUCGAGGGCCGGCAGCAGCAUAAUGCUACCCGCUUCCCGUCUGGUAUCUCGACACUCGCGGAGCACGUUCAUACCCUAGACCUCAAGAUUGGUCUCUACAGUGACUCGGGGAUCUUUGGCUGCGGCUUUACACCCGGCUCCUGGGGCUACGAAGAGCUCGAUGCCCAAACCUACGCCGCCUGGGGCAUCGACUAUCUAAAGUACGACAACUGCGGCGGCUUCCACGCGGGCACGCACACCCAGCAGGAACGCUUCCAGACAAUGUCGUCCGCCCUCCUGGCAACCGGUCACAAAAUACUCUACAGUCUAUGCCAGUGGGGCCACCAGUUCCCCUGGUACUGGGCGGACCAGGUCGGCGCUGCCUCAUACCGUAUGUCCGGCGACAUUCACGCGCGGUUCGCGGAGGACAAGGCCAAUAUCUGCAAGACGGCGUACUGUCUUAACACCGGGUACGCCGGGGUGAGCGUGCUGACUAUGAUCCGGAAGAUGAGAGAGAUCUCGCCGUUCCAGGCAAAGGAGAGGGGUAGUUGGGCGGACAUGGAUAUGUUGGAAGUAGGAGUCGGGUAUAAUCUCAGCGGAAAGAUCGUGUACAUGUCCGAGGUGGAGGAGCAGACGCACUUUUCGUUUUGGGCGGCGCUCAAGUCACCUCUCAUCAUCGGUGCCGACGUCACGAAGAUUCGGGAUUCAUCGUUAAGGAUUCUACUCAAUGAGGACAUCAUCGCCAUCUCUCAGGAUGAGAGGGGCGAAGCUGUGAAGUACUUGCCUAGGUUGUCGAGGGAGGACGAGGUGCAGGUAUGGGGAGGCGCCAUCGAGACGGGAGCGUACCGGUACGUUGUCCUCGCCUUGAACUAUGGGAGGAACAAGACGAGCAUCGAGGUGCCAUGGAAGGAGGUUGAAGGGUUGGAGGAGUGUCCCGGUGGAGGGUUGAAAGUGAAGGAUGUAUGGGCUGAUGAGGAUUCGGGGAUCGUCAAGGAGAAGAUCACUUUGGAAGGGGUGGCGGUCGGGCAGACCAAGAUUGAUCCUUCCAAGCGAGGUCCUCGUUCAUCCUUGCAUCCCGGGUGGCUCGGCACUCUCAACUCUCCUAUACCGGAGUGCGGAGCAAGUUCCGGACAAUCCUCCGGCAUCAUCAACACAACGCAGAACAUCCCACCGAGCACAACAAACCGCUUUUCAUCAAUAGGCUAUGCGGCCCGAAAGCUCUACCGCCGGGAGCCGAUGGGUGGUCUGUCAACUUGCGAGCCCAUGUUUCUAUUGGGAAGAACUAGCAACAUGACUCCUGAAGCCAUCAUAACAGAGAAAGUCCCAGUCACGAACAGCCUCAAUAAGAGGUUAGUUGACGAUGGCACGGACUUCAAGAUGGGCGGCAACGCUUGUAAGCGCAGCAAACACUGCCAGGAGAAUAUGGAAACAGUAGCCGGUCUCACGACUCCUCCGUUCUCUUCAGCAGAGAUCAUCAAGCAGGGAGAAAAGUCUCUGGCGGCCUCGCUCUUCUCCCCCAAGGUCACAGCCAAGAUCUGGGGCGUGGCAAAACAAAGCUUCUCAUCGUCUUCGCCACCGACCCUUUUCCCGGAGUACACCAAACCAGGCGGCACAAAGUUCGCCUGUAAGUGGUGGACAGAAACCCUCCACCCCAACGCAGAGCUCAAGACGACACAUGACCUGGGCUUCAUGAUCUUUCCCUGGGCACGACCCGCGUGGGAGCUUUCGGGUGACCGCAGAUCCUUCGAGACGGCUUUAACGGCAGCUAGGUCGCUGUAUAGCCGGUUUGACGCCACCGUGGGAUCCAUCCGGUCGUGGGACAUCUGUGUAACGAAGCGAUACAAGUUCCUGGACCCGAGUAAAGACUUUCUCGUGAUCAUUGACAACAUGAUGAACCUCGACGUGAUCUUCUGGGCUGCUUCCCAGCUUGGAGACGAUGACAUGUGGAACGCGGCUGUCAAGCACGCCGAAACGACGAGGGAGCACCACAUUCGCCCGGACUCUUCCACCUUCCACGUUGUCAACUUUGACCAGGCGACCGGCGUGCCAAAGGAAAAGAUUACAAAUCAGGGAUAUUCUGACACGUCCUCAUGGUCGAGGGGACAGGCGUGGGCUGUCGCCGGAUUCGCGCAGACUUAUGGCUGGACACGGGACACAUCUUUCCUCGAUACAGCCAUCUCGUGUGCGGACUAUUUUCUUGAGCAGCUCCCUUCGAGCGGGAUCCCGCCGUGGGACUUUGCUGCGCCCAAAGACAUGGCACAACCUCCGGAUGUCAGUGCCUCCAUGAUUGCGGCGUAUGGCAUGUUGCUCAUUCACGAGGCUCUGACGGCGCUUGGAAGGCCAUCAACGUACCUGAGAAGCGCUAUCGGUCUCACUCGCGCUACCUGUAACAACCACAUCAAUAGUGGCGGAUUCUAUGUGAAGUCUCAAAGGUCGAUCGAUACGGUCGAGCACGGCACGGUGGUUGAAGAAGUAGGUUGGGAAGUGGAAAUGGGGGAUGAGCCGGAGACCAUAUUGAAUGGGGCAACCAUCAACAACUACGAAUUUGCGCCGCGAAGGUGGGCAAACCACGGACUGGUGUAUGCUGACUACUUCUUUCUGCUGGUGGGGAACAAGCUUCUGGAAAUGGGCGUCCCAGAGUUGUUUGACGAGAACCGGUCUUGA